AUGAACAUACAGGGUAUAAUAAACAGUUUCUUUUUACUCUUGCCAAUUACUCUUGCAAUAACUUCGGAUUUUGUUUUUGAGUUUGGCAUCGAUCAAGGCGACGUCAUUUAUCACACAGAUGGCACAAUAUAUUUUUUAAAUCCAUUGACAUCCGUUGAAAUUCCAGUUCCCGAUGGCGUUACUGUUACGUACGUUAAAGUCACUGUUAAUGCACUAUCACCUCCUAAAGUGGACUAUGAUAAUUUAUAUCGCAAAGUGAUCAUUAAAUAUAGUUGGACACAGAUCAGUCAAUCCACGUAUAAUGUUUUAGUAAAAGGAAUGAAAGUUAACAAUGGUUAA